AUGGCCGCCGCCUCGCCGCCGCCCUCCCCGCCCCAUCCAAAGCGCCCCAAGAUGUCCUCCUCCUCCGACCCCGAGCCGGAGCCCACCUCGCUGUCUGCCGCCGGGGCCGAUCCCGGGCAGCCUCGCCGCCGCUACAAGCGCCGCAAGGUGGCCAUCAUCCUGGCCUACUGCGGCGCGGGGUAUCAGGGUAUGCAGAAGAAUCCGGGCGCGCGCACCAUCGAGGGCGAUCUCGAGGAGGCGCUCUACCAGGCGGGCGCCGUCCCGGAAGCCGACCGUGCCGCGCCCGCCCGAUACGAGUGGGCACGCGCAGCGCGCACCGAUAAGGGCGUGAGCGCCGCCGCGCAAGUUGUCUCCGGACGCUUCUACGUCGACCCGCCGGGAUUCAUCGACCGCCUGAAUGCGAAACUCGCGCCACAGAUCCGGGCCUUUGGCUACGUGCGCGUCACCAACUCCUUCAGCGCUAAGAAGUUCUGCGACCGCCGGAGGUAUGUGUACCUGCUCCCCGUCUUGGCGCUCGACCCCAGCGCACACCCAGACCGCGAGGCUGUCAAGGCAAGCGCGGGGAGUGAGAACCAACUUGCGAAGUGCGUGGAGUGCUCCGAGAGGGGGAGGAAGGUGCCAGAUAUUAUGGGCCGGGAGGGGAAGUUGCCCGACUCCGAGGAGGAGAAGGUUCUUGAUACGCCUGGAGAGGAAACUGUGGCCUCUCAUGGAGAAUUAGGGGAUGCAAAAUCUGUUCCAGCAAGCCCUGUUACUGAGACUUGUGAUGGCGAGACUAGGCUGGGGGGUGAUGUAAUGAUUGAUAUACCGAGCUCUGGUAAUGGAACAGAAGCUCAAAAUGCUGAACUGGGAUCAAAUGGGGCAGGAAAAUUUGAUAUUGAACCUGCACUUGGUACUUGCGAUUCUGAAGCUGUACCAACCAGCGCCAGUGAGACCAUCUGUUCUGAUUCAACCUUAGGUUCAGUUGAUGUCGUUGCUUCAGUUGUAGCUGAGAAGGAGAAUAAUUUUGAGCCUGCAGAUAGUGAAAAGGAGAGAAUGCAAGCUAUAAAUAUUCAGAAGGAGAAUGGAGAAGAAAGUCCCCUUCUGAAAAACACAUUUGCUUACACUGAUGAAGUUAAAGAGAAGUUCAAUAGGAUCCUCAAGCAUUAUGUUGGAACCCGCAAUUUCCACAACUUCACCACAAGAACUAAGGCUGAGGAUCCUGCAGCCAAGAGGUACAUCAUUUCCUUCACUGCCAAUAGCGUUGUUAGUCUGGAUGGGAUUGAUUUUGUCAGAUGUGAGGUUGUCGGGCAGAGUUUCAUGCUUCAUCAGAUCCGGAAGAUGGUUGGCCUUGCUGUAGCAGUGAUGAGGAACUGUGCACCUGAGUCAAUCUAUGACGUUGCCUUCCGCAAGGAUAUCAGACUUAAUGUGCCUACUGCACCCGAGGUUGGACUGCACCUUGAUGAAUGCAUGUUUACCUCAUAUAACUCAAAAUGGAUGGAUACACAUGAGGCAGUUUCAAUUGAACCCUAUGCUGAGGAGGCUGAAGAGUUCAAGAUCAAGUACAUCUUCCCUCAUAUUGCUGCAAUGGAACACAAGGAGGGAGCUGUAGCACUCUGGUUGCAUGCGUUGAACAGCAGAAACUAUCCAGAUUUCCGCUACAUGGAGACUGCUGGAUCUGAGGCAAAGGUUGGGGCUGAAGUUGAGAAUAUGGAAGAAGUGCAAAUGCCAAGUAAUAAUAUAAGCGAGUAA